UCCAAUCUCAUGUCCGGGAGUGACACGCCCCCCUCCUUGCUUGGAUUCAGAAGAAGGCAACUUUCCGGCUUUUCGACUGAGAUUUUUAGGAGAAAUUACCGGCGUUACGCGGAGAAGGGGAAACAUAUCAAAGAAAAGCGAUAUCUUCACAUCCAUCCUUCUUCAUUUUAUUAGGUCAAAAUGAAGAAGACCAUUUUUUAUCCAGGGAGACGAAGUGUGGUUUUCCGCAAGGGGCCUCUUGGCUUCCUUCUUCAGGAUCCCUCUCCUGAGGCCAAGAAGAUAAAAAAUAAUCCCAGUCUGUGGGACAAGUCUGAGCCUAAGAGAGAGGAUGUUGUGCGGCAGAAUGCUUUGACUGUGGUCCGGGAAAGAGGAGGGGAUGUCACAGAUGUGUCAGAGGUCCUGGGAGAUUACAGCCUCCAAUUUGGAAAGUACAAAGGGAAGUGUUUCCGAUGGCUCUUGGAAAAUGAUGCAGGUUACACUUUGUACCUCAUCAGAAACCUCCAGAAGGAGGAGGAAGCUGGGAUCUGUAUAACUGAGAGCCUUAGCAAAGUCAACCUGUUAACUUUUGUUAAAUAUGCUCUCAGUUUUAAAGAGAUUAAAGAUGCCCUGGACUAUGAAGCCAGCAAAAUUACAGCAGCCUCUUCUGAAGAUGACCAGCUGGUUGGUUUUGGCUCUCGGGCCAAGAGCACUUGGAAAGAAAUUUGGGAUGGAAGAGAAGAUGGCUAUGCUGAUUUCAUACUGAAGAAGAGCUGCCUUCAUGGGACCAGGAUGCAGAAGCUGCAGCAGUACCUGCUCAAGAAACAACAGUCCUCCUCCAGUCAAACCAACACACCAUCCGGUGAACCAGAUAAAUGUCUGGUGAUGGAGGAGGACGAAGGAUUGGAGGCUGCAAUGCUAAACAUCUCACCCUCUAAAAUCUUGAGCAGUAAACAGGCAAUAGAUGGCUUGCUUCAGAAACACCAUGGGGAAAAAGACAUCCUGAAAGUGGUAGAUCAGGAGUAUGCUCAGAUUGUUCAUCAGGCUGCCACGGAUCCUAACAGCAUGUUCCAUCCAACUACUAAGCGACACAUCUCUGGGUAUGUGAAACAUGUGGCAAAGCUCCUUAACACCAGUUCUGCAAUGAAUACAAGCCCUGAAAAACUACUGGACACACAGGAACUGUGGCACUCAUUAACUGAGGGCCAGCCAGCUAGUGUUCGUGUGACCACCAUCCAGCCCGAUGUCUUCAACCCACCUGCUCCCGCUUCAGCAACACCAAUUACAGCCGAAUCCCUAGAAAAAAUAGUGGAGGGAAUUUUACAAAAGCAGAGUCAACAAUCAGAGCAGCAGCAGCAGAAGAAGAAACAAACCAAAAGGUGUCUUUCUUGCGGACAGCCUAAGUCUCGUUAUGAGACUUCUGGCUCCUCCGUUCACUUCUUCUUUCAGCAGGGGCCCGUUAGGUACUUUUACUGCUCUAAAAAGGUUUAUGAUACAUACGCUGCAGAUGGACUAUCAAAGCCCAACAUGACCUUUGAGGAGUUCUCCACCACCACUUUUUUCCAAAAGGAACUCCUGGAAACCAAGAAGCGGGUGGAUGAGAGGGCUGAAAAGAAAAGAAAAAGAACAGAACCUCAGCCAACUGGCCGGGUUUGCAGGUUCUGCCACAUGGACCUCAAACAAGGUCCCAACAGCCCACACAUCCACUCUGGGUUCCCUGGUGUGGCAGGGAAAUACAUAUAUUGUCCUGCAAAGGUUCUGUCCAUGUACAAGUCUCAGGGUAUGGCUAAGGAGAUGACUUGGAAGGAAUUCUGCAAAUCACCUUUUUAUGAGGCAGAGCGACAAAGAUGGGUGGCUGAAAAGAAAAAAUAAAUAUUACAUGGUUCUAUUGAGAUGUUUAGGUAUUCUAUUAUUAUUCUAUAUUCCAUAUAUUUAUAUAGAUAAAAAAAAAUCUAGAUAUGCUGUAAAUAUGGCAAGAUUUUAUAUUGUAAAAAGUUGAAUAUGUAAAUAUUUAAACUGUUGUUUGCCUCUGUUAAUACAAAGUAAA